AACCAAGCAAAAGUUGGUGCAGGUGUCUACUCAGACCUCUUCUCUUUCUAUGCAGCAGUGGGACACAACAGAUCCGCUUUUGAAGGAGAAAAAGGGACCUCAAGAUGCAACGAACUUAAAGCUCGAACAAAGGAGAAACAGUGGUCAGAGGCACUCUCCGACAUAGCCGACUGGCCAAGAAUCGAAGUCGUUGCUGAGUUUGGACUACGUACUGGACACGAUUGCCUGACAAAACACCUUCACAAAUUGGGAGUAUACACUCAACCCACAUGGCCUCUAUGUAACCUACAGGAGGCAAUGGGGAAGACCCACCUGAUUCGAUGUCUUGCUCUAAAGACAACGGCGGAAAAACGAAGUUUGGAGUAUGCGAUCCUGAACGUUCAGGAGGGAGGUGUCGAGCGUGGAAGGGAAGUAGCAACUUGUGAUCCGUUAAGGUUUUGUCAAGAGAUGUUAUGUGCAAAGAAAACUAUGGGAAGACUAAACACUAUCGAGUGUUUUGGUCUAAACACCUUGAAUAAACACUAUCGAGUGUUUUGGUCCAAACACCUUGAGGAAGCUAAAAGAAAGCGGGACGCCCUUCGCAACACUGCUGAUCAGUGUAAGAGGGACGCCCUUCGCAACACUGCUGAUCAGACUGGGAGGGACGCUCUUUGCAACACUGCUGAUCAGACUGGAAAACGGAACGCCCUUCGCAACACCGCUGAUCAGACUGGAACAACGGAAGACGUAAAAGCCUGGAGACGACAAUCAGCUGUCCUAAGACAAGCCAUCUUGCAAGCUAAACGCACUUCUUUCGACAAGUUCAUCUCAAAUAUCAACUAUCAAAGUGAUAGCCAACGCACUUUCAAAUUUCUGAGAAACCUGCAAAACAACCGAGAAAAACCCAAGAAAGAACCAAUACGCUUAAACAGCAAAUUGCUUACCACCGACAACGAAAUAGCUAACUGCUUUGCGAGGUUCUAUUCCCACAAGCAAAAGAAAAACCCUUUUGUCAGAAAAUCCUCAAGAGAUUUAAAGAUACAAGUUGAAGAUACAGCCUUAGUGUUGAAGUACGUUGAUUCCCGUGAGUUUCACAAGAAGGCCAAAAGCACUGAUCCUCAAGAGAUUGCAUUCUACAUGAAUGUUGUUAGUUUCAAAGAAACAGGUCCGCCUCGUGUUACCCAUUCUUUCCAUAGGUUGAACCAACAGGCUUGUGAGGGAGAUAUACCAAUAGUUGUCGAAAUUGUUGAGGUUAAUGCUCCCUAUUAG